AUGAACUCAACUAAAGCAACAAAGGGUUCCACUUAUCUACUCAACGCUCGAUGGGUACAGGAUGCCAUGACUGUUGCUGGUGGUCAUGGAGCAGGCAACGAUACUAAUCAACUCAACAACACUCGUGGUAUAUGUGUUGACGAUGAUCAAAAUAUCAUCAUCGCUGACAGCAAUAAUGAUCGUAUUAUUCAGUACAAGAUGGGUGAUACGAAUGGAAAAGUAGUAGCUGGUGAUCAUGGUGAAGGAAGUCGGUUGAAUCAAUUGAAUAAGCCAAAGGAUGUACUGAUUGACAAAGAGACAGUUAGUCUAGUUAUUUGUAAUCGAGGCAACCGACGAGUCGUACGGUGGUCUUGUCGCAAUGGUGUGACUCAAGGAGAAAUCCUCCUUGAUAAUAUCGGUUGUCUAGGAUUGGCUAUGGAUGAUCAAAGAUUUCUCUACGUUGCCGAUUUCGACAAAGACGAGGUAAGACGGUAUCGAAUAGGUGACAAGAAUGGAGUUCUGGUAGCUGGUGGUCAUGGACGUGGUACUGAUCUCAAUCAACUUGACAAUCCGUCUCACAUCUUUGUCGAUCGAUAA